AAAUCACUGUGACUGUUGCGAGGAGCAAAGACAUUCUGUGGACCAUUCUCGUCUUGUGCAUUUUUGUGAAGAUAAGAUGGCCACAACACCACCAUCUCUUCCUCACAAAUACCAUAUACUUCCAAAUCCUCUAAAUUUAGGGUUUUAGAGUAUAUUCCUUUCUUUUGCUUCUUCUUUUCACUAUCUAACUAAUAUGGCAGCAGCAGCCAUUUCUAUUAUCUGCAAUUUCCCACUCCAUUCUCACACUUCCAUUUUCCUCAAUAUCAGUUUCCCCCCUUCUGUCCGUAGCCGGAAGAGCUGCUUCUUCAGGUUUAGUAGAAUUUGCGUUGUUUCUUCUCAUACCAAUCCGAAGAUUCUCAAGCCUAAGCGAAGGUCUAGGUAUGGCCAGCCGUUAUCUCCUUAUGACUCUGACUCCGAUGAAGAUGAUGAUGAUAGUUUUGAAGAUGAAGAAGACGACGACAUUUCAACUUCUGAUGAUGAAUCUCUAGAUGUGAGAGUUUCUGCCCAGGAUCGGCAACGCCUGAAGUUUCAGAAUGCAACACACAUCAGACGAGACAGUCAUCACCAUUCAGAAGGAGGAUCGAAUGCAAAGUUGGGACACCGGCGGCAAACUCCUGAGAUAACCCAAGAUUGCAGAGAAAAGGAGGCAAGGGUAAGCUUGGCUAAGGACAGAUUUAGUCAUCUUGCAGAGGAACUGGAUCUCGAUGAGAGAUGGUAUCCACUUCUUGAUUACCUAAGUACCUUUGGAUUUAAGGACUCUCACUUCAUCCAGAUGUAUGAAAGGCACAUGCCUUCCCUUCAAAUAAAUAAGAGUUCUGCACAGGAAAGGUUAGAGUUCUUGUUGAGUGUCGGUGUCAAACAUAAAGACAUCAGGAAGAUCAUAUUGAGGCAGCCUCAACUUCUCGAGUAUACUGUGGAAAACAAUCUGAAAUCCCAUGUCACAUUUUUAACUAGUUUGGGUAUCCCAGACUCAAGAAUAGGGCAGAUAAUUACUGCAACUCCGUCUCUUUUUUCCUAUAGUGUGGAAAAUUCAUUAAAACCCACAGUGACUUACUUGCUUGAGGAGGUUGGUAUUGAGAAGAAUGACCUGGCUAAAGUUGUGCAGUUAAGCCCUCAAAUUCUGGUGCAGCGGAUUAACACUUCAUGGACAGCCCGCUUCAAUUUUCUCACCAGAGAAUUGAAUGCACCCAGAGAUAGUAUUGUCAAAAUGGUGAGGAAACAUCCUCAAUUACUUCACUACAGCAUAGAGGAUGGAUUGCUUCCCCGGAUUAACUUUUUUAGGAGCAUCGGAAUGCGCAAUUCGGAGAUAGUGAAAGUGCUAACUAGCAUUACACAGGUCUUCUCUCUAUCACUUGAGGGGAAUCUGAAACCUAAGUACAGCUACUUGGUUAAUGAACUUGGCAAUGAAGUGCGAUCAUUGACUAAAUAUCCUAUGUACUUAAGCUUGUCGCUGGAUCAGAGAAUUAGGCCUCGCCAUAUGUUUUUGGUUUCUCUAAAGAGGGCUCCCAAGGGACCAUUUCCAUUAAGUUCACUGGUCCCAACUGAUGAAUCUUUUUGUCAGCAGUGGGCAAGGACUAGCGUGGACAAAUAUCUUGAUUUUCGGCAGAGAUUGCUUCUAAAGGAACUUGCCAGAAAAUAUGAAAGACGAUAAUAUGUUUGAGCUCACUGGUCACCAAAUCUUCUGCCCUGCAUACUUAUUAUAAGGCUAAUUUUGUGAUUUAUAGCCUUUAGUUGAAAGUCAAAGAUCAAUACACAAUACGCAGGAAACACAGUUAAGACAUACAGUUUCAGCAGUUGAAGUGGGACUUUUGCACUACCUUUGAGGUUUUGAAGUCAAACCGCACAAACAUAACCAUAUAUUCUCAAGCCUCAGGUGAAGCAUGCGUUUUUAAAAAAUACUUAUGGUAAGUGUAAUUAUAUAAUGGUACAGUGUAUAUUGUGAGAUACUGCACAAAAUUUUGACAUCAUCUGCUGGCUGUUGUAAUAUAUGGCCAUUGUACUACAGUUUUGUACCUUGCUGCAAAUGGUUAAAAGGCAGCUUUGGAGACACUUUUGUUUAGUGAGAAAAUCUCAGUUAAAGAAUACUUUUUGGACUCUGUUUA